AGUGUAGCUGCACACUGGCUGGAGACGACGAACAGCAGCAGAGCUUCCUCACCGCUCACCCACCACCCCGCGACAUGCUCAUCGUGUUGAGUCCAGAGCACAAGGAACACCUCAAGUUCCUGAACACACUGGACAUUGAGUUGGUACAGGAGUUUUGCACAAUUGCGCUGCAGUUUCUUCACAAUGGCAUCAACCCCAAAGUGUACCAAACUGCCGCAAAGAAGCUGGAAGCCUCUGCACAGGACAUCAAGGCGGCAGUGGAAGGCAUCAUGUACCUCCUGAUUGAGUGCUCCAAACUGAAGAUCAGUGAGAUGGACUUUCACGAUUCCUUCCUGACACUUCAGUUUUCCCCGGAACUCAACAAACUCCUCCUUGAUUUGUAUUUGGAGAACAGGGAUGAAAUUCGGCAUGUGCUUUCCUCCAUGAGUCUGCAGCUGCCCCGAUACAGAGACUUUUCCUGGCGCCUCGACGUCAAGGUUGCAUCACGGUCCCUUCGUCAACACGUGGAGCCCGUGUUGGUCAUGGAUCUCAAAACGCGGCAGCACGAUGGGGAGGAGAAGCACCAGUUGCUGCAGACGGAUGUGGCCACGCUGAAUCACGUCACGGCAGAGCUUGAGCGUGCCCUCAAGCAUGUCAACACACCCCACUAUCGCCGCAUUGCGCGGAGUGUCAAGUAACGCGAUCAAUUUCGUUUCACACGUCUUCCGUUUUGCGUAGGCUUCUAUGUGUGCAAGUGCGCGUGUAUGUGUGCAAAAGAGAGAGAGAGUAUGUGUGCGUGUGUGCGUGUGUAAGAGAGAGUGUGUGUGUGUAAGAGAGAGUGUGUGUGCGAGCAUCUGUGUGUGCAUGUGUGUGUGUGACUACGUCUCCUGUGCGAGCAUAUGUGUGUGUGGGGGGUGGUUGUGAGUGUGCGCACACACAUCUUUACCUGCUGUGUGCAACGCCCUCUCUUCGUCACCCGAUCCCCUUGUUCUCCAACUCAGUGUGCUGUUUUGCUCUCCUUGUUACCCGCGCUUGCAUAAACAAGCCGCUGACUGA